AUGUCCUUCGAGCGACCAGAGGCAGGCAAACCCCUAGCUCCCUCCCGACAGAAGAAGCGGCGAGAACAGAGCCCCUCUCCCCUCAACAACAGGACCAACAACCAGGACACGAGCCCUGCAGACACAGAGGAAGUGCACAAUGAUCCCGAUAACGUAUCCGCAUUAGGAUCAGAGGACGACGAAGAGGCUGCUGUGCGCUGGCAAGAGGUCAUAGCAGCCAGGACUGAGGAGGAGAUUAGGCGCUACAAGGAGCUGCCGACCAAAACCCGUACGAGGGCUGAGGCUCAACACGAUGAGGAUCUGCACAAUCUCCGAACAAGGAGGAUGCGGGAGACUCAAUCGAUAGCCGCUCAAGCACUGGAACUGACGCAGCAACCUGCCUCGGAGACACAGCAACAGGUGUGUCGAGCCUCGAGAAGAGACAAGGAUGGGAUGGGCGAGCGAAUCGGACCGCCGUCGCCGCCUUCAGGAUCGUCAAGCGGCACUUGUGACAAAUCGAGGGUGCAGCAAGCUAUACUUUUCAGCUCCGGACAUGUAACUAUACCCACCCUCAAACGAACAGACACGGAUACAUUCACGACCUCGACGAAAUCACCAUCGCCUCCACCCAACACACAUUGGCGGGAUUUACAGAGGCAGCGAGGGCGACUCAAUCUUGAUUUCAGCCGCCUUGACACACAUUACAUUCUGACCCAUGAGUUCAUUGACGAUGUGAACGCAAUGCUCGACUCCAUCAGCGGCUGGCCGGAGGCUCAGUUCCAGGAUAUCAAGUAUGCCUUUCAGGAAGAUUGUGACAAUCGAGGCCGGACGAUCGAAUUCGUCGACCUGGGCAACAGGCGAUGGGGAGUUCGACUCCUGGAUCCUUUGAGAACUUCGAGGAGAGACUCUGAGCCCAUUGCAGAGCGUUCAACUACUCCUUCAGACUCACCGCCAUCGCCGCCGUCGCCAAGACUCCGCCAGCUGGACGAGGACGUUCCGUCGUGGAACUCUGAUGACGAGCCACUCGAUUGCGAGUGUUCUCAUGUCCGCGAUGACAUGGAACAAGACGAUGAUAUCCCGGGAUGGAUACGUGAAUAUCAGGAGCAUCUCAGGAGUCGUCAGCGUGGAACUAGCUCUAAGCAGGCGCAGCAGACGCAACAAAGGGAGAAACCUAGAUCGCACCCGAUAUCAACCCCAGAACCGACCCAGAGAUCAGUACCCGAAGAGCGCAGUGCUGCAGAAGCAGUACCAAGGACUCGGAGCAUUUCCACUCGUGUGCCCAUCCCUCAGAUAAGGCAUGCUCAUGAAAGACCGAUACAUCCAGACGCCACAGGCAGUCGCAGAUGGAUAGGCCCGGACCUAUUUCCAGUGGGCAUGACUCCGCCGAAGGCGCAGAAGGAGCAAAGGAAUGACCAGAAACUGUUGGAGGAGCUGUUCAAGAAGAAGUGA